AUCAAUAGCACAAAGGUUGUCCUGAGCAAAUUUUCGUCUCUAGUCACUCCAGUGCUCUUAAGGGCACUGACCUGUCCAGAGAACAGUGUUUUCUUCACUUUGCUGCUUACUUUAGUACAACAUACCCUCAAAACUGUUCUUUAACAAGGAAAUACAACACCGUCAGGAUGAAGUUGUUGGCAUGUACGUGGGCUUUGUGGGCACUCGCCCUCUGUUCGGUCCAGGCAGCCAAAGAUAUCUGCUUCGCAAAGCCCAAAGAUCUACCUUUGGAGCCAAUGUGCAUCUACCGCAGCCCGGAUCUUGAACCACAACCAACUGAAAAACCUGAGAAGAUCCCAGCUGGCACCAACCCUCGAGUGUGGGAACUGUCCAAAGCCAACAGCCGCUUCGCCCUCUCGUUUUUCAAGCAGCUUGCCGAGGGAAAGUCCGACGAUAAAAACAUCUUUCUGUCGCCAAUUAGUAUCUCAACAGCUUUCGCCAUGACCAAGCUGGGGGCUUGUAACACCACACUGGAGCAGCUCAUGAAAGUGUUUCAGUUUGAUACGAUAAAGGAGAAGACCUCAGACCAGGUUCAUUUCUUCUUCGCCAAGCUGAAUUGCCGACUAUACCGUAAAAAGCACGAAACGACGGAACUGGUUUCCGCAAACCGUUUGUUUGGAGACAAAUCUACGCUUUUUAAUGAGUCCUACCAGCACAUCAGUGAGAUGGUCUAUGGAGCCAAAUUGCUGCCUCUCAAUUUUAAGGAGAAACCGGAAGAUUCAAGGAUGACGAUAAAUGAAUGGAUUGCCAACAAGACUGAGAACCGAAUAAAAGACACCCUGCCACAAGGUUCAAUAGACUCCAACACCAUAUUAGUCUUGGUGAAUGCAAUCUACUUCAAAGGUCAGUGGAAACACAAGUUUGAUAAGCAAAAUAUCAUGAAGUUAGACUUCCACGUCAGCGAGACACAUAAGUGUCCAGUCUCCAUGAUGUACCAAGAGAGGAAAUUUCAUUAUGCCAGAAUCCAAGACGACAACGUGAAGAUCCUUGAAUUGCCCUACAACGGUGGUGACAUCACAAUGGUGCUCAUAUUACCUGAGGAAGAUACAACCCUGUCAAAAGUGGUGGAACACAUGAGCCUCAAGAAACUUGAGGGUUGGUUACAAGCCAUGAAGGAGACCACGGUGACCGUCCAGGUUCCUCGUUUCCGUAUUGAGGACAACUUCAGCCUCAAAGAGCAGCUAUCGAAUAUGGGCCUUAAAGAUCUUUUUAGUCCAGAAAACGCCAGUCUCCCAGGGAUGGUUGCCGAUGAAGGACCCAAAUUGUACAUCUCCGACGCCUACCAUAAGGCCUUCCUUGAGGUGAAUGAAGAAGGUAGCGAGGCUGCCGCUGCCACAGCGGUUGUUGCUACCGGACGUUCCUUAAACCUCUACCGGGAGCAUUUUGUCGCGGACCGGCCUUUUCUUUUGCUGAUCCGCGAGUCAAGCAUCAACGCGUUGAUCUUCACCGGCCGAGUCGCAAAUCCUUGUGGGAGCAGCUAAUAUGGAUCUAACACUAUGAGGAUGAUUAUUGAUCACCCUUGUAGUUCGUUUUUAAUUUCGACGAGGCUGCCUUGUUUCUUAUUAUUGCUUAAUAAUGAAUGUUAAAUUUGUCACAAUAUGUUGUUUUUAUCAGUCCACCAAACACUGGAAAUGAACACAUCGAGAGGAUUUGAAAGAGAAAUAAAAAAUGCAAUAUGUACAGGCACAAAACAAGGAUAAAACAGGUUUAUUUUUUUCAUAUUAGAAAUUUGGGUUUAGCAGUAUCACACAAUCUGGGCUUACAUAAGUAUACAUUUAAAGAACAUAAUUAAAAAUCCUUCACAGUUACACUUAAAGUGCUUUAUUUCUAUUUAGAAGAAUGGACUUGACACACUGCCAGUGAGGAAAAACAUAGUGGUUAUUGUGAAAAUGGCAUUCACAUUGAUUAAUGAUUAAUCUUUCUGAUUCCUGUACCAUUUUAAAUGUGAAAAGUCUCAGAUUUUAAGUAAUCGUAAAAUCAGAUUAAUUACUAAACCUUAAUCACCUACAAAUAUAAUUUCUUUUUAAAACAUUUUUUUCUUUAAUAAAUAUACUGGUUUGAUAUUAAAAUUAAUUGACUAUGUUUU